AUGAUCGACAGUGCCAGUGAGAUACCGAAUAUAAUGAAGCUGCAGUAUCUGCUGUCCUCCUUGAAGGGCGAGACAGCAGACAAUUACGAGGUGACGUGGGCUGCCUUGCUGAAGCGGUACGAUAAUCCACGUACGCUGAUCCGGGAGUACUAUCGGAAAAUUCAUCACCUGCCGGCAGUGAGCUGUGACAACGUGGACGAUUUGGCGCUGCUCGUCGAUGAAUUCACGCGGCAUGUGAACGGGCUGAAGAAGCUCGACGAACCGGUGGACACCUGGGACACGCCGCUCGCCAACCUGCUUCUGAUGAAGCUGGAUUCGUCGACCAUUCUGGCAUGGGAGAACCACUCAGCGCAACAUAAAAAAGAUAAGUACAAGGAAUUAGUAGACUUUUUGCAAGAUCGUGUACGAAUAUGA